AUGUCGAACCAUACUAAGGAGGAGGCUGAGGACAGCCGAGUUCAACGGAAUGGACAACAGCCUGCACUGGAGACGGCUCUUGAGCGGAAGUCAUUUUUCCAAGCUGCCUUGCCCGUAUUUGCAUGUGGUGCUGGAUUGUUCUCCGAUGGCUACAUCAACAAUGUCAUCGGAUCCGUCAACACUAUUCUUAAGCUCCAAUACAAGGAAGUGUAUACCAAGUCGAAUGCUGCCAAGUACGUCGCCGAUAUUGCCUUUGCUGGCACAGUCGUCGGCCAACUCAUCUUCGGUUUCACUUCAGACCACUGGUCUCGAACCAACUCUCUUGUGGUGUCCACAUUGAUCCUGAUUAUUUUCACCGCCUUGGCUACUGGUUCAUAUUUCAAGGGCGAAGCGGUCGGCAUGUUCAAUAUGCUGACUGCCUGGAGAUUUUUUGUUGGAAUCGGCAUUGGAGGCGAAUACCCUGCUGGUAGCGUUGGCUGCGCCGAGUCUAGCGGCGAACUCAAAAGCGGCACUCGUAACAGAUGGUUCAUUCUGUUCACAAACUCCAUGAUUGACUGGGGCUUCGUGUUUGGCGCCUUUGUUCCUUAUGUCGUUGCCGCUGCAUGCCACAACGAGCACCUGUCCACUAUCUGGCGCGUCAGCCUAGGCAUUGGUGUCAUCUUCCCCUUGAUCCUGUUCCUCUUGCGAUUGCGACUGAAAGAACCCGAAGAGUUUGCAAAGGAAUCGAUGCGAAAGCAGACUCCCUACCUCCUUGUCUUGCGCUUCUACUGGUUCCGCCUGCUCUGCGUCUCCAUCAUCUGGUUUCUUUAUGAUUUCUCGACAUAUGCAUUCGGAAUCUACUCGUCCGACAUUCUUUCGGGUAUCUAUGGCAAGGAUGCCCCCCUGACCACCGUCUUUGGCUGGAACACGGUCAUCAAUAUGUUCUACCUCCCCGGUACUAUGCUCGGUGCUUUUGUGUCUGAUUGGAUCGGCCCCAAGUACACCCUUAUUGGUGGUGUGCUCGUGCAGUCCAUCGUUGGAUACAUCAUGGCUGGCGUUUAUGGCAAGAUUGUCAACCACGUUGCCGGAUUUGCAGUCAUGUACGGCAUUUUCCUGACUCUUGGCGAGCUUGGACCCGGUAACAACAUCGGCCUCUUGGCUGCCAAGACUUGCGCCACUGGUGUUCGUGGUCGUUACUACGGCAUUGCCGCGGCCAUUGGCAAGAUUGGCGCCUUUGUCGGUACUUGGGUUUUCCCCUAUAUCCAGGCUGCUGGUGGAGAUGACGCGGUCAAGUCUGCGCAGUACCCGUUCUGGGUUGCUUCCAGCUUGUGCAUUCUGUCUGCCGCCAUUGCGUUCUUUUUUAUCCCCAACAUUGGUCAGGACACCAUUACCCAUGAGGAUAUGCGCUUCCGCGAGUUCCUCCAGAGCCGAGGCUGGGACACCGCUCAGCUUGGCUUGGGCAAGAUUGAUUCUGAGCACAUUGACGUUUCUCAAGAUGAGCAUGUGCCUGAGAAGCUGGUCACCCAGUAA